CAAACGUCCCAGAAAACUAGAGCCCAGAUUAAUUCUCGCCGGCCAGCUUCGCUGCCGCCACCACCGCAAAUACAUUCUCCGCCGCUUAACAUUAAUCUCAAAGAGCUGCUUCCCUUGUCUCUGCAAUGGCGUCUUCGUCUUGUACUAGCGUUUACAGCUGUUCUCUCGUUCGUAAUUCCCAAUGCCUACCGAGUCUAUCUCCUCCUGCCGCCGCCGCUUCCGUCAUCAAGAGACCUUCCCAUUUCCCAAAAUUGAAAAUAUCACACUUAAACAGCUGCAAAUUUAAUCAUAUUUUCUUCCCUUUACCUUCCACUACUGCAGGCCGCUCAUCGGCCUUCGCCAGAGCGGCGGCCGCUAGGAGAAGCGGUGGCGGCGGCGAUAAUAGUGAUGAGAAAGAAGAGAAACAAGAAGAAGAAGAAGAAGAAGAGGUGGAGGAAGAACUACCGUGGAUACAGGAAAAGGCAUUGGACCUCGUUGAAUUCACGGGCUCCGUCACUCAGGCAAUUCCUGGGCCUCGUGUCGGUGGGAGUUCCUUGCCAUGGAUUCUCGCCGUGCCCUUGGCUUAUUUUGGCAUCACAUUUGUUAUUGCCUUCGUUAAGACCGUCCGGAAGUUCAAUUCCCCUAGAGCGAAGCGUCGAAAAUUGGUCAAUAAAAAUGCUUUCCUGUGCAAAUCAAUUGAUGAGCUCUUUGAGAAAGGACGACAAAAUGUUGAUGACUCAGAGUUGAAGGACCUGAUGAAAAAGACAAAUUUUGAAAUGGAGGAUAUUUUGCGCAAAUAUAUUCGAUAUGCCUUGAAUGAGAAACCGUUUAACCCAGAUUUGGUAGCUGAUUUGAUUCAACUCAGGAAGGCCUCACUUUUAAGUGAUUCUCAAGUAGCUGGAAUCCUUAAUGAGAUCUCAAGUCGUAUUGUUAAAGAUAAAGGUCCUGUUGUCAUGGACAUGUCUGGGUAUUCUGAGAAGGGUUUCAAGAGAAAACUCGCGGUGCAAGCACUUUUUGGAAAGAUUUAUUAUUUGUCAGAGAUGCCUGAGUUUUGUUCAAGGGAUAGCUCUUUAACAGUUAAAGAAAUAUUUGGGGUAGCAGAUGAGGAUGCCGAAAAGCUUAGGUUGCAUACUAUCUCAGAUGCCGGGGAUAUGGAUUCUCUGGAAAAGAUGGUUGAUGGCUCAGAUUCAGAAGAUUCAAGUGACGAGUCAUCUGAUGCUUCCUAACUCACAUUCCUUGAGUAGAAUUUAGUGAUAGGUUUAGAGCAAGCAAAGGCGAUUUAGUGUUUUCCUGUAAAAUGUUUUCCUUUUAAUUGUUUUUCCUCAUCCAAAUUGAAAAUUUUAGGACGGCUGUCGGAUUGGAGCACAAUAAUGUUGGAACACUAGUUGUAACACAGAAUAGAGAUUUUAACGCAGCUCGAAAAUUUUCUAA